AUGACACGUAAAGAAAGAGAAGCACUAGCGAAACGUGUUUGCAAUUUCUACGAAGAUGCAGCAAGUAGAAGCGUAAAAACAACUGUUAGUUUCUUCAAAAAGCAAAACAUACCAGAGAGAACUAUUCGAUAUAUAUUAAAGAAGUAUCUGGUAUAUGGAACAACUCAUUUUUUACCAAGAAAUGGUCGUCCACAUAAACUAUCAGACAAAAAAGUGGAUGCUAUAGUGAAAAGUAUCAACAAUAAAACAGGUGUCAGUCAAUGUGAAAUCGCGAGACAUUACAAAGUUCAUCAUUCAACAAUAUGUCGUACGUUAAAAAGAAGAACAUCAGUAAUUAUCAGAAAACGUAAAAAGGCGCCAAAGAUGAACAAUUAUGAUCAAGAAAAAAGGGCUCAAGUUAAUUGUGGUAAAUUGUACAGACUGAUUUUGAAUGGUUGUGACAUCAUAAUGGAUGACGAAAAAUAUUUUGGUUUAAGUGGUGAUAAUGUGCAAUAUAAUCAACGUUACUAUACAACUAAUCCAUUGACAACUCCAACUGAUGUGAAAUACAAAAAGAAGAAGAAAUACUCACCGAAACUUUUGGUUUGGAUGGCAAUAUCAUCAAAGGGUGUGCCUAAUAUUUAUGUGCAUAAAAGCGUACAAGCGAUAGGCGAAAAAAUUUAUUUAAAUGAAUGUAUCAAUAAAAGGUUGUUACCGUUUAUUGAAAAACAUCAUAAGAAUGAUAAUUAUGUCUUUUGGCCCGAUAAAGCAAGUGCACACUAUGCUACUUCUGUACUCAAUCGUUUGAAAGAAAAAAAUGUACCAAUUGUACAUAAAUUGGAUAAUCCACCAAAUGUUCCACAAGCACGUCCAAUUGAAACAGUUUGGAGUCUUUUGGAACAGAAAGUAUAUGAACACAAUUGGCAAGCAAAACGUAUCGAUUCAUUAGCUCGUCGAAUACGAAAAAAAUCUAAAGAACUCGAACAAAAUACGUUGCAAACUAUGAUCGGACAUGUUCGAAAGAAGUUACGCUCUAUGUGGCGAAAUGGUUUAUAUUCCAUUUUUUGA